GCCUGCUGCGGUUCGCAUUUUCAAACGGUUUUAUCUGCUGUCACAGCGAGCACGUCUUCGUUUGCCGUUGAAAUUGAUUUUACGUUUUUUAGAUUCGCCAGCUACUAGCGACAGUGGCUUGCAAUUUAUUAAUUCUGUGCAGUGGUAAAAGAAAGAGCUCAGGUGAAAAUGACCACACAAUUUCGCAUUGCCAAAACGGAUGAGAAUGACGCCGCCAGAGUACAGGCGAAGAAAAUGCUAAAAGAACCGACACUUGGUAAAAGAGCCGUGUUGGGAGAACUCGGUAAUAAAGUAUUGAAAAAUAUUGACAUCGGCAAGGGAAAGGGUGGAAUCUCGUUGAAACAAAUUGAUUCUUCCCUCAAGCAAACAGAUUCCUCCUUUAAACAUGUCAAGGCUCGAGUCGAUUCACACUGGAAGAAAAACGACAGCAAUGCUACCGUUCUCCCAGCUGGUAAACCAGUUACACGCUCCGAUUCUCUGAAAAGCCUACACAACGCAGGUUUGAAUGCAGCGGUCAGACAGUCCGGUACGGCUAAAACAACGGCCAGCGUCAAGCCCAAAGUUGUCCACGUAACCAAGGGUGCUGAAAUCAAAAAGGUGAAAAUUGUAAAUUUAAAACGAGAGGAAAGCCGGCUCAGUCGCCGUUCUCUGAACAAAUUGAAACUGAUCAGAAAGCAAUCUGACUCUUCGUCCUCUACAUCUGCUGAAAGCAGUUCCCAGGAUGAUGUUUGCACUCAAGAGUAUGAUUCGCCUGAUACUCAUUCUCACAAACUGCUAGAAGGAAUUGAAAACAUUGACAUCAAUGAUGACUGGAAUCCAAUGUUGGUGUCGGACUACGUUAACGAUAUCUAUAAGUAUUUGAACGAACUGGAAGAUGCCUUUUCCCUGAAAGAGAAUUUCCUCGAAGGUCAUAAGCAGAUCAACCAUAAAAUGCGAACAAUUCUCAUUGAUUGGAUCAACGAAGUGCAUUAUCAAUUUAAACUAGAAAUCGAUACCUAUCAUAUGACUGUCUCUAUAAUCGAUAGAUAUUUGCAGCUAGUAACCGACACCCAAAAGAAAGAUCUCCAACUUGUAGGAGUCACAGCCAUGUUCAUCGCUUCCAAAUACGAGGAAUUGUUUCCACCAGAUAUCAGUGAUUUUGCCUACAUCACCGACGACACGUACAAGAAGCGACAGAUACUUGACAUGGAGAAAAAGAUGGUAAAAGUGUUAGACUUUCAUCUCGGAAAACCACUGCCGACGCACUUUUUGCGACGCUUUUCGAAGGCCGCCAAGGUAGUGGAAAAGCAUCAUUCGGCGGGGAAGUAUCUUAUCGAAUUGGCCAGCAUCGAUUACAGUACGGCCCACUUCAAACCGUCCGAGAUUGCUGCUGCCGCGUUGUACAUAUCGCUGUAUCUGUUUCCACUAGAAAACUGCUCCGGGCAGAAGGUGUGGACCAAGACACUAGAAUACUACACUAAAUACACGGUCGAAAGUUUGGUUCCGAUUGUUCAGCGGCUAGCAAAGCUGGUUAAAAAUGUGCCCAACAUGAAGGUUCAAGCCGUCUAUACUAAGUAUCAUUCGAGCAAGUUUGAUAAAAUUUCCACCCAACCGGAAUUUCAAGGAACCGCAAUUAACAAAUUAAUAGAGGGUCAACUGGCGCCCUAAUCCCUAGCAAAUUAUUUUUACUUGUGUAUUUUAGCUAUCCAUUUAUUCGGAAGACAAGUGUCCCGACGCCGGUGACUAAUAUCUUUUUAAUGUAAGCUUAACAAUCGGUCUUUCUUUGCGAUGAUUGUUGUUUCUACUAAGUGUAGUGUUUUUGAUUAGUGUUUAGAAGAUUUUAACAAUCCUACUACCAAAUUUUCUAUGCAACGCCUCAACAAGAAAAAUUUCCGUCUCAACAAACAGGGUGAUAUUUCAAUGUUCUUUAACGCAUAGAACGGAAAUAAUAAACAUAUUUGACUGAUCAAUUGUACCAUCUACUCAUCAAA